CGUUAGCUGCACGUUUUCCAAAAUGGAGGCUGAUCUGUAUGAUGAAUUCGGAAACUACAUUGGUCCAGAACUCGACAGUGAUGAGGAGAGCGAGGAGGAAGAGGACGCAGACGAAGAAGAGGCAGUAGAAUAUGCAGAAGAUGAUGAAGAUGAGCAGAUGGACCAGGAUGAAGAGCCUCAAAUGCAAGUGGUUUUGCACGAGGACAAAAAGUAUUAUCCUACUGCAGAAGAGGUCUUUGGUCCAGAAGUCGAGACCGUUGUCCAAGAAGAAGAUACACAGCCAUUGACAGAGCCCAUUAUUAAACCUGUGGCAAAAAAGAAGUUUUUCCAUGAAGAGCAAGAUCUACCUACAACAACUUAUGAUAUUGAAUAUUUGGCAGAUUUAAUGGACAACCCAGAUCUUAUCAGAAAUGUAGUCUUAGCAGGACAUUUGCACACAGGAAAGAGUGUUUUUGUUGACUGUCUUUUUGAACAAACACAUCCUGAGAUACAAGCUAAAGAAGGGAGUGAUCUUCGUUACAGUGACACAUUGUUUACUGAACAAGAGAGAGGUCUGAGUAUUAAGAGUGUUCCAGUGUCUUUAGUUUUGCCAGACACUAAGGGGAAGUCGUACCUCAUCAAUGUCUUUGACACCCCAGGACAUGUAAACUUCUCAGAUGAGGUCACUGCGGCAAUAAGAUUGUGUGAUGGAGUUAUGAUCUUCAUUGAUGCCUCUGAGGGGGUGAUGUUGAACACAGAGCGACUCCUAAAACAUGCUGUUCAAGAAAGGCUUGCUGUAACUAUUUGUAUCAACAAGAUUGAUCGACUGAUGUUGGAGUUAAAGCUUCCCCCUACAGAUGCCUACUACAAAUUAAAACAUAUAGUGGAUGAAGUGAAUGGACUACUCAGUGUCUACUCUGAUGGUGCAGAUGAUUAUGUCAUGUCCCCUUUCCUUGGAAAUGUCUGUUUUGCGAGCUCACAGUAUAGAUUCUGCUUCACACUCUUUUCAUUUGCCUCUCUUUAUGUUGACACUUUUGGUGUCACAAUUGAUCCAAGAGACUUUGCUAAGCGUUUGUGGGGUGACAUGUACUUCAAUUCUAAAUCGCGUAAGUUUACACGGAAAGCCCCUUUAAGUACUUCUCAGAGAAGCUUUGUGGAGUUCAUCUUGGAACCUUUGUAUAAGAUCUUUGCACAGGUGGUAGGUGAUGCAGACACGAGCCUUCCAAAGCUUAUGGACGAGUUGGGUAUUCAUUUGUCAAAGUCCGAGAUGCAGAUGAAUAUCAGACCAUUACUUAGUCUUGUUUGUAAAAGAUUCUUUGGAGAUUUUACAGGAUUUGUAGACGUGUGUGUUCAGCAUAUACCUUCUCCCAAAGCAGCAGCCAAGACUAAGAUAGAACAUGUGUACACAGGACCGCUGGACACCGAAGUCGUGGACGCCAUGAAUGACUGCGAUCCUGAUGGACCUCUCAUGCUUCAUACGUCCAAACAAUAUCCUUCCCAAGAUGCCACAGCUUUUCACGUGUUUGGACGAGUCAUGAGUGGAACAAUUUAUGCUGGUCAACAAGCUCGAAUACUCGGUGAGAACUACACUAUCGAGGACGAGGAAGACUCUCGCGUUGGAACGGUUGGAAGGUUGUGGAUCGCUGAAGCAAGGUACAACAUUGAAGUUAGCCGUGUACCGGCAGGAAACUGGGUGCUAAUUGAAGGAAUCGACGAACCUAUCGUUAAAACAUCAACUAUCACUCAAGUACAAGGCAACGACGAGGCGUAUAUAUACAGACCGCUGAAGUUUAACACAUGCUCAGCCAUUAAGAUCGCUGUGGAGCCUCACAAUCCUUCUGAGCUGCCUAAGAUGUUGGACGGUCUGAGAAAAGUGAAUAAGAGCUAUCCACUGCUCACUACAAAGGUUGAAGAGUCAGGAGAACACGUGAUCCUCGGUACAGGAGAGCUUUAUUUGGACUGUGUCCUGCACGAUCUGAGAAAGAUGUACUCCGAGAUAGAAAUCAAGGUCGCUGAUCCUGUUGUGGCGUUCUGUGAAACUGUCGUAGAGACUUCAUCACUCAAGUGCUUCGCAGAAACACCAAACAAAAAGAACAAGAUAACUAUGAUUGCAGAACCUUUGGAGAAAGGCUUAGCUGAGGACAUUGAAAAUGAAAAAGUUUUAAUUACAUGGAACAAGAAAAAGCUUGGAGAGUUUUUCCAAACCAAAUACGACUGGGAUUUGUUGGCAGCUCGUUCAAUCUGGGCGUUUGGACCUGACAAUUCUGGACCAAAUAUUCUUGUGGACGAUACGCUUCCGUCUGAGGUGGACAAAAGUUUACUCAACACUGUGAAAGAUUCAAUUAUUCAAGGUUUUCAGUGGGCUACGAGGGAGGGACCUCUUUGUGAUGAGCCAAUAAGAAAUGUGAAGUUCAAGAUCCUUGAUGCUGUGAUCGCUGGCGAACCAAUCCACAGAGGAGGAGGGCAGAUCAUUCCUACAGCCAGGAGAGUGGCGUACUCAGCAUUUUUGAUGGCUACACCCAGGCUGAUGGAGCCGUAUUUCUUCGUUGAGGUCCAGGCUCCAGCUGAUUGUGUGUCCUCGGUAUACACCGUUUUAGCUCGUCGAAGGGGUCAUGUAACUCAGGAUGCACCAGUUCCCGGUUCUCCACUGUACACAGUUAAAGCUUUCAUUCCCGCUAUUGACUCUUUCGGAUUUGAAACUGAUCUGCGGACUCACACCCAGGGACAGGCGUUCUGUCUGUCAGUAUUUCACCACUGGCAGAUCGUCCCAGGAGAUCCUCUGGAUAAGAGCAUUAUUAUUCGUCCGUUGGAACCACAACCAGCCACUCAUCUGGCCAGAGAAUUCAUGAUCAAGACAAGGAGAAGAAAGGGUUUGAGUGAGGACGUAAGCAUCAACAAAUUCUUCGACGAUCCUAUGUUGCUGGAGUUGGCCCGACAAGAUGUCAUGUUCAACUAUCCAAUGUGAUCUACCUGCUUGUUAAAGGGACACCAUACUACAAAUUUUCGCGUAUUUAGCAGUUGCCUAGUGACCACACUCUGUGCUAGGGAUAUCCUGGCAGGGCUGUUUCCCUAAGUCGCCAUCACGUUGUAACACGUCUCUAUAAUAUUAAGAAAAAUUUAUAAAUCUGCGCUUUCGUAGAGGAGCAAAUGAACUCAGAGACCUAACUUCGCCCGCCUUGGUAGACUCUCUUUUCUUGUCACGUAUCAGUCACAGUCACGUCACGCUUUUGAGUUCAAGAUUGUGCGACGGCUAAAGUAGUUGCUAGUCACUCUUGGAGAGCAAUUUUCAACUGAGGGUCGUUAGUUAUGCGGAUUACAUUUGUUUUGCUUUAGUGGGCUCUGUGAUUGGAUUGGGAAACUCGCGCUAUAUCCAAUGGCCAAUCAGAAGCACAGUGAAAACCGCCCUAGACUUAGUCACUUUCAUGUUUUUAGUUCGAGUUGUUAUCGGCUUGUUGUGACACCUUUGAUCUGAUUGGCCAUCGAGAUGACUUUGGUUUACCUCUGCUGUGAUUGACUGUUGCGAUGACUUUGGUUUUGGUUCUGCGACACUCAGUGACAUGAGAAACGGUCAAAAUUGAGUACUCACGUUGAUCGUAACCAUUACUUAUACAAAGCACAGUUCAAGUAAAAAGCACUGAGAUGUAAAACCUAUGUUUUUCAUCCUUUAGCAUGUAAAUACUUCCUUUGUAAGUCUUACUUUUCUUUGGAAAAAAAAUAAAAAGAUUCCAAGUUGUA